AUGUCGGCUCCGCUCGCAACCCUGCAUAUCACGCAGAAAGCGCGCGCGAUGAUAGAUGGACGGUCCGAAUUUCAUGCGCGAGGCCGUGACAUUGGACCGACACUAAAGCAACGUACUAGAUGUAUCUAUGACGCCGUAAGCGGCGGAUAUGUUUCAGCCCAGAAUGUCAAGAGGGCGAAGAUUGACGUCUUCAAUGAACGUUCCCCACUAGACCGUGACGUAACGGAUCCGCUGCGCUAA